UGAAAUGUGGAAUGGAUGCUGAACAUGUUCUUCCCCUAUGCGGCAAAGUCAAGUCAACGCGUUUCAACACUCCAAAUUCCACUACACACACACACGAACCCAUUUUCAUGGCUAAUCUUUCAGCAAAAAUUGGGCAUUUCAAGCAGCAAGGUUCAUAUUGUUUAUAUGGGACAUAAUACUCUCACUGAGCCAAUGCUUCUUCAGGAUACACACCAUGGGAUCCUCUCUCAAAUACUUGGAAGCAAAGAAGCUGCAAAUAGAUCAAUUUUGUAUAGCUACAAACAUGGCUUUUCCGGCUUUGCUGCAGUAUUAACCCCGACUCAGGCAUCAUUGGUUGCAGAUUUACCAGAAGUUGUACGUGUGAUUCCUAAUAGAAUUCUUAAGCUUCACACAACACGGAGUUGGGAUUUUCUCGACAUUAAGCCUCGUUUGGUCAAUGGUAUACUCUCCAAAGGUCAAUCGGGUGUUGGAUCAAUCAUUGGUGUCUUCGAUAGUGGGGUAUGGCCGGAAUCUAUAAGCUACAACGAUGCCGGAAUGAAGAGGAUACCAUCACGUUGGAAAGGCGUAUGCGAUGAAGGAGAACACUUCAACAAGUCCAACUGCAAUAGAAAAAUCAUUGGUGCGCGUUGGUAUAUCAAGGGAUACGAAGCUGAAUUCGGAAAACUAGACACAAGCGACGGAUCAGAAUUUCUAUCGGCGCGUGACGCAUACGGCCACGGCACACACACGUCCUCAACCGCCGCCGGAGCUCCGGUAACGGACGCAAGUUUCUUUGGGCUAGCCCAUGGGGUAGCCCGAGGUGGCGCACCGUCGUCUCAAAUCGCCAUAUAUAAGGUUUGUUGGGCCACCGGUGGUUGCAGCUCAGCCGACAUCCUUGCCGCCUUUGACGACUCAAUCCGCGACGGCGUGGAUGUGAUCUCGGCCUCUUUGGGUUCUACACCACCGUUUUCGACCUACGUUGAUGACCCGUUGGCUAUUGGAUCGUUUCAUGCGGUGGCGCGUGGGAUAACGGUGGUUUGUUCUUGUGGGAAUACCGGGCCGUAUCCUCAAACGGUGGCUAACACCGCUCCAUGGAUUAUAAGUGUAGCUGCUAGCACCAUUGAUAGAGCUUUUCCGACGUUGAUUACACUUGGAAACAAUCAAACUUUUGUGGGUCAAGCUUUCGUUACAGUGAAAGUUUUUCACAGGUUUUAUCCUCUCGUGUAUGGUGAAGAUAUUGUAGCUGAUGAUGCAGAUGAGGAGGAUGCAAGAAGCUGUGAAGCGGGAUCAUUGAAUGCGAGUUUAGCCGAAGGCGCAAUCGUUCUAUGCUUCCAAUCCCGGACAAAAAGCUCCGCCGCUUCGACCGCCGGAAAUGUGCAAGAUGUCGGUGGCGUAGGGAUCAUAUUUGUUCAAUAUCCAACCAAAGAUGUCACUUUGACUUUCGCAAUCCCAUGUGUUCAAAUUGACUUUACCAUUGGAACCUCUAUAGUCACUUACAUUGAAUCAAACAGUAAUCCGGUUGUGAAGAUUAGUGGCACAAGAACAGUUAUCGGAAAACAAACAUCGCCGGAAGUUGCAUUCUUCUCAGCCAGAGGACCAAGUUCAUUGUCCCCGACAGUACUCAAGCCAGAUAUAGCUGCUCCGGGGGUUAAUAUAUUGGCAUCAUGGUCUCCGGUUGCUUCUUCUUCAUUAGUCAACGGUCAAACUAAAGCUUCAUCACUCGACUUCAAAAUAGAAUCCGGGACUUCCAUGGCCUGCCCGCAUAUCUCGGGCAUCGUUGCUCUUCUCAAAUCUUUAUAUCCAACAUGGACUCCUGCAGCAAUAAAGUCUGCCCUGGUCACCACAGCCUCCAUAGAGGACGAAAAUGGUCAGCCUGCUGUUGCAGAGGGGGCUCCACACAAGCAGGCUGACCCUUUUGACUAUGGAGGGGGUCAUGUGGACCCCAACAAAGCUGUAAAUCCCGGUCUCAUAUACAACAUGACAACCAAAGAUUACAUCCAUUUCCUUUGUGCCAUGGGAUACAAUGACACCGCCAUUAGCUCAUUAGCCAACUCGCACUCUCCCUGCCCUAAAAAAACCAACUUUCUAAAAAACCUUAAUCUUCCAUCAAUCUCGAUUCCCGAGUUGCAAAAACCCACGAUGGUAUCAAGGAUUGUGACAAAUGUGGGCCCUACUGGCUCUCGUUAUGUGGCACGUAUUGAAGCGCCAGCUGGCACACGUGUUAUGGUGGACCCAUCGAUCUUAUUCUUUAAUUCUACAAAUACUAGACUAAGGUUUAAAGUGACAAUUUGUCCAUUGUUGAAGGUGCAAGGGAGGUUUUCUUUUGGGAGUUUGUUGUGGGAAGAUGGGGUUCAUGUUGUGAGAACACCGUUGGUGGUUCGUGUUGUCGUUAAGAAAUCGUAUUCUCAGAUAUGAUUUGUAUGUUUUUGAUAUUCACUUUUUUAAUCGAUCUUUUGUAGUAUCUAAAUAAAGCAGAGAAAAAUCGAUUUAUUUACGUA